AUGAGUCUACAGACGACUAUUGCCUCUGUCCCCCUCCCCUCUCCAGUCCCAGUCCCCCUCCCCUCUCCAGUCCUAGUCCCCCUCCCCUCUCCAGUCCCAGUCCCCCUCCCCUCUCCAGUCCUAGUCCCCCUCCCCUCUGCAGUCCCAGUGUGGGGCCCCUCCCUCCCCAGCGUGGCGGAGCUUAAACAGAUGAAGUUCUCAGCAGUAGGCGAGAGCUCUGGUCCAGGCUGUGCAGAUUUCAGUCGACUUAAAUUCCAAACCGUGGCUCAAAGACAGACCCCUCUGUCUGUGGGAGCGGACCCUCCGUCUGUGGGAGCGGACCCUCCGUCUGUGGGAGCGGACCCUCCGUCUGUGGGAGCGGACCCUCCGUCUGUGGGAGCGGACCCUCCGUCUGUGGGAGCGGACCCUCCGUCUGUGGGAGCGGACCCUCCGUCUGUGGGAGCGGACCCUCCAGAGAAGAGGAAGAGAGAGGGAGAGCAGGAGGAGAGGAGGAAGAGAGAGGGAGAGCAGGUGGAGAGAGGGAGGAGGAAGAGAGAGAGAGAGCAGGAGGAGAGAGGGAGAGCAGGAGGAGAGAGGGAGGAGGAAGAGAGGGAGAGCAGGAGAAGAGAGGGAGGAGGAAGAGAGGGAGAGCAGGAGGAGAAAGGGAGGAGGAAGAGAGAGGGAAAGCAGGAGGAGAGAGGGAGGAGGAAGAGAGAGGGAGAGCAGGAGGAGAGAGGGAGAGCAGGUGGAGAGAGGGAGAGCAGGAGAAGAGAGGGAGGAGGAAGAGAGAGGGAGAGCAGGAGGAGAGAGGGAGGAGGAAGAGAGAGGGAGAGCAGGAGGAGAGAGGAAGAGCAGGAGGAGAGAGGGAGAGCAGGAGGAGAGAGGGAGAGCAGGAGGAGAGAGGGAGAGCAGGUGGAGAGAGGGAGGGAAGGAGUAGGGGAGGAGGAGGAGAGGAGCCGCUGGAUUAACACGUUUUAA